AGGGGGCGUGUCUGGGGCGGGGCCUUCCCUCCCCUGCCCGUCGGCGGGAGGGAGCGGCUGCGGCGGGCGCGGGGCCGCCAUGAGGUAGGCAGGAGCCCCCCUUGGCCGAGUGAGGCAGCAUGGCAAGUGGGAGUCAAGAGGAGGUGCUGAAGGUCCGACCUCUCCGGGAUUACCCGGAGCUGCAGCAUUUCUGUCUCUGUGUGCUGCUUGCUGUGCAGGACGGGCCUCCCCAGGGCUCUCUGGGCUGCCUGUCUGCUCUGACAUCUCUCAUCAGCAGUGCUCCUCAUGCCCAUGCCCACCCUGGGGGCCACACUGCCCUGUGUGCCUGGUAGCACUGGGGCUCUGUGUUCUGUGCGAGCUGCCGAGCUCAGCCCCACCCUGAGCUCGCUGUGGCACACCCAGAGCACUGCUGGGCCAGCAUUAAAGAUGGGCUGAGCCUGGCAAGGCUGCAGAGAGGUGUGUGGCCUGUCCAGAGCUGGGCUCAAGCCUCCCUCUCACUCUCCUGGGCAGCCUGCAUGGAGGCUGUGUGCCCCGGUGUGAUGGGAGCGUCAGGUGGACAGCAAUAGUGAAGGGGAGAUGGAGAGAUCUGUCUGGGAUCUCAGGAAUUGCUCGGAGUGUCACCAGAGCCAGCUGUGAAGGUGGAGGCAGUAGCCACGCUGGGGAGAAGGAGGACCCCAGGGAUGACAGUGGCCCGCUCAGCAUGGCAAAGCAGGGAAGGGGCCCAGUGACUGCUUUCUGCAGGGAUGGAAAACCCUGACAGUGAGAUCUGCAGGCAAGCUUGUUGCUCUAAGAUGUGCUGAGGAAGUUGAAAUCCAAGUCUCAGGCUCAAGUGCCAAGGAGGGGAGAGUUUAUACCACGGCCUGAUCAAGGUGGGAGGCAAAGGAGGUGAGGCCAGACUUCUCCAGCAGAGUACAGGACGUUUGCAGAAUGAAUGUUGUCUUUGUAAAAUUUCAUCUCCUUCUGGAAAGGCUCAAGACAAGGUCAGCCUGCCAGCUUGUUCCCUCUCCAGCCAGGAUAGCCCUCCUCAACUGUGAAAGCCAAGGCAAGCUGAUCCCUGCCCUUCUGCAAGAUGCCUUCUGUGCCUCUUGAAAAUGCUUUUUCGGUUGUCCUUGUAAAAAAAAAAAAAAUGGUUUGCAUAAUAAAGUCCUUUCGGAGGGAAGAUCUGUGACUCACAUCAUUCAUGCUGCUCUUCAUUCACACCUCAGUGGUUCAGCCCUCUGCAAAAUCUCACAGAAGCAAGGCAUUAAUAAAUCACAAGGAGAAAAUGCACCUACACAGCACAAAAGCAGCUCAGUGCCUCCAAGCCCAGGCUGGUGUAGCACAGUAGUAGUUGUUUCUUACACCACGAUCUUGUCCCUGUUGAUAUUUCCAAAUACUCUCACAAAUACCUUGCUGUAUUGUUUCAGCAGCAGGAUACAUGGAAGGUAAAGCAGAAGGAAACUUGCCUUUCUCCCUGGCAAAAGGCUCCUAAGGAAAGAAGUUGGUGGCUUUUCACUGACUGUUUUGCUUGUGGAGCCAGUAUUUUGUUAUCACCAAGCUGGUCAGAUGGGAGAUUGUGUCUCCCUGCCUCCUUUGAUACUCCUGCUGCUGUGUGAAUGGGUUCACUUUGUUGAUCCAGUGGAAGACAACCUGAGGGUGAAGGAGGUAAAUGGUUCCUGUGGAUCACCCAGCUGAACUGAUUCAUCUUCCCAAGGGAAGCAGCAGGAUUUUGUGGCUUGGUGGGAAGAACUGGAAGCAGCCUGCAGCUGAGUGUGUUGAGCUGCGUAGUGGAAACAUUCAUUCAUGAAAUGCAUGUUUGGGUCCUGGAAGGAUCAUGUGUGAAGUUUCUGCUCUCUGAGCAAACAGCUUCUUUGCCUCCUGUGCUGCAGCAGGUCCAGGCAGGUGCUGGCCUCCUGCACCCCCUGGAAGUGUCCUUCCUGCAGGAUAUGGGGAGAGGCUUUGAUGUCUCUUGUGCAGGCAGGAAGGUGCUGUUCCUGCUUUGUCUGGCUUCAGGAUUGCAUGCACUGUGGGAAGACUGGAGGAGUCUCCCAGGCUUUGGGAGCAGAGGAAGUGUUCUUGGGGGCCAGGAAUGCCCACUCGCUCCUGAGACGCUUUCCCAGAGCCAAUGGCUUCCUGGAGGAGAUCCGGCAGGGCACCAUCGAGCGGGAGUGCAUCGAGGAGGUCUGCAGCUAUGAGGAGGUCAAGGAGGUGUUUGAGAACAAGGAGAAGACGAUGGAGUUCUGGAAAGGCUACACCAGCUCUGUGUACUCUGUCAAGGACCCCGGGCACAGCACGGAGCGCUCUGACGCUAUGUACGUGGUGGUGCCCCUCUUGGGAGUGGCUCUUCUCAUAGUCAUCGCCCUCUUCAUCAUCUGGAGGUGCCAGCUGCAGAAGGCCACCCGCCACCGCCCCUCCUACGCCCAGAACCGUUACCUGGCCAGCCGGACGGGCCGCAGCCUGCCCAGGGUCAUGGUGUACCGGGAGCGCUCGCAGAGCCAGGGGGAGACCCAGUACCAGCGGGAGGCCAGCAGCCGGGGGGCCGCCGAUGCCCGAGCCGGGGGCACCCCCCAGCCAGACGGCACCCUGUGCCCGCCCGAGCAUUCUGUCUCCGUCCUCUCCAGACUGUCCAGUGCCACGCCCCCGCCUUCCUACGAGGAGGUGACGGGCCACCCGGAGAGCAGCAGCAGCGGCGAGGAGACCAGCGUCUCCUACAAUGAGCCUCCCCCCAAGUACGAGGAGAUCGUGGCCACGGCCCCUGCCGCGGGCAAAUAGCGGGUGUGCCUCCCUGCUGCCUCUUCACACUCUCACACUCACCCAGCCACCAUCCCUUCGCCGUGCCUGGGACCCCCUUCAGGUGUUCGUCAGGCCCCCAUCUCACCUGUACAAUCUGGUGCCAUCACACAAUAGCCUUACCCUCCUAACCAAAAAUGGCUGUCCCCAGGUGGGGUGAGGCAGGGCUGUGGGAUGGCUCUGGAGCCAUCUCCUGCCCCUCACUCCCCACUCACGUAAGUGCUGUAGCAGCCAGAGCAGAGCAGCAGCCUGUUCCUGGCUCAAUGCAGGGGUCUCCCCACGGUGCAUUUGAUUUCCUCACUUCCCCCUCAAACAGACAUAACAUUUCCCGUGAUCAGAGCAGCCUUGCUGCCUCUCUGGGCUGCUGCUCAGCCUCACCCCAUGUUCUGGGCCCUGUUCUACAGCUCAGGGCUCUGAUUAGGUGAUGGAGAUGCAGGAUUGGUGUGGCAAAUUUUUGUCCAUCCCUGCAGUUGGUGGGGCCAGCUCUGUGGGGAGAUGGUGAUUCCCCCAGGUGGAUUUGUUGCCAAGUGGGAGUGGGGAGCCCGGGCCACACUGUGGUGCCUGUAGGGAUAUUUGCUGUGUGGAGAUCAGGGAGGAGCAGCUAGAAGGUGCUCUCUGAUCUCCUAGAUCUCUUUGGAAAGGGAGAAAGGGCUCGUGGUGGUCUUGUACUUGAGGUAAGUGACUUUGGAGUAGCAGGGCCUUUUCCUGAUGCUCUCUGCUCUCCCCCUGUGGGUGCUGAGCAGCUGGAGGUCUGACUGCUGCAGAGCUGGCCAAGGGGGUACUCUCUGACCCCGGGCCAACUGUGGUCUCAUGGCUUUAAGUGAUGGGGAUUCAACUCUCUCCUGGAGCGUGGCCUGUCUGGCGUCUGCCCCAGAGGUGAGAGCCUGCAGACAGGCCAAACCUCUCCUCUCCCUACCCCAAACCUCUCUGCCCUGCCUGGCUCCUCUCUUUGGGGCUCUUUGUCCUCCAGAGCAGGUACAGUGGAAUGCGGGACCCCACUCUCCUCCUGACCUCUCGGGUGGGCUGAGUGUCCAGGGCUGUGGCCUGGAAGCCCUGCUGACAGGGGCAGGAGCCACAAGACAGUCAGGAGCAGGGCCAAGCCCUGCUCAGGUGGUUGUGUUGCCAGGGCAGGGCAGAGCAGGGUGCUUUGCUGUGGGAUCAGUGUCCCCUUUCCCUGGGCAGCUGCCUGUAGGGUCCAGGCAACGGGGCUGUCCUUCCCCAGUCAUGUCUAAUGGAUUAAUACAAGGGUUGUGCUCCAACCCCCCAGAAGCAGCCCAGAAGCUCCCAGCACUGCCACCACCUGGUGUUCACCCAGCAGCAGCCUCUCCACCAGCACCAAAAGGCUAUUGUCCAUCCAUCAGUGGCCUGCAUCCUGGCCGGCCCCAGUGAUGCCUUCGCAGUUGGUGCCCUCAGCCCAGAGCUGGGGCUUGCCCAGCGUGGCUGCUCCUGGGGCAGGACAUGCUGGCACCUCGUCUGUCCCCUCCCCAGCCUUAGCAGGGUGGGGUUAUGGGGAGAGCUGACAGCUCAGGGCCAGAGCUAGAGAACAGCAGAGGGAGACACAAGGAUGCUCUGCAUCCUCUGUUUUUGAUGCUUGGUCAUUAUCCCUGCAGUUUGUAUUCUGUAAAACUUGGUAUAUUUCUGUGAAAAAAAAAAAAAAAGGUAUUUAUUAAAUAACCCUCACUGUC